GAAGAUUGCUAUGCAUGUUUUGAGGGAGAAAAAAGGGAAAACAGAAAGCAUCCUACACGCUGAAGCCAUCUUGGUCGCACUGCUACACUCUGGAGUCCACAUCUGAUCGUUAUUACGUAGCUUUGGGGGAAAUAAAGCUCUAACAAGACUGGAAUGAUGUCCUCAAAGUUGAAGUGGAUGUUUGUGAUCCAGCUCCUGCUGAAUCAACCGGCUCUGUGCAGGGUCCCACCUCCGCUGGCACUGAGAAACACAACGCUUCCAGGAGCUGACUACAAUGAAGCGGGAGAGGAGACUGCCAAAAAGUCGUCUCCCCUGGGAUCUCAACUCCAGCUCAGUAGCCCAUCUGCAGAAAAACCUGAUCCUGUGUCAGCAGUUCCACAAAAAGAGGAGAGAGUUCGUUCUGCCAAAAAUAUAACAUCAGUCCUCAGGGCAAAGCUUCAGGGGCAGAUUCAAGCUCAUCUCCACAUUCAGGAGAAUGUCAGCUGUGAGGAACUGCUGUCUGCCAGCAUCGUGGACGACCCGUCAACCUCCAUGUUCCCCCUGGAGCUCCUGGGUCUCUCUUUAGUGCCCGUGUUGGUGGUGGCAGGCUGCCCACGGGAGGCACACACACUGGUGCUCAAGCUGUAUGACCUGCUGGGAGUGGCGGACACGGAGGAGCUCCUGAUGGAGGUGGAGGGUCUGAUAGAGCAGCGGUUGAGGAAGUCCACACCUGCACCUGCAUCAGGGAGGGAUGAAGCAGGGCGCCACAUAGAGGCUGUGAUGUUUAACAUCCAGCAGCUGGCCAUGGUAGGAGAAGGUUCCUCCAAGCAGGAGGGGCAUUGUGAGGGUUGGACCAGGGUGAGAGGAACCUCGCUGGCAGGAGAAGCAGUCGAAGGAGCCACAGGUGAUCUAGAGGAGGCUGUGAGCUCCUGCGAGAGACUGGGAGUCCUUUGUGCUGGUGUGACCAGCAGUGGACUCCAACCUGGGAAGUACCAGGCAGUGCUGAAGAAAGGAAGUUGCGUCCUGCCCUCUGAAUCCACAUUGUCUGAAUGUUGGAUCCGUCAGUGCAGCGCAGAUGAGGAUGUUUCGACCUCAGCUGCUGCAGGUCGACGGAUAAAACGAAGCCCCCAGACGAGCUGCAUCAACGAAAGCGAGCAGCGUGUGUACAACGUGGUGGAGUGGAUCCCUGCAGUCAGCACCCUCUACAACCUCGGUACAGCUGUGUAUUAUGCCUCAGUCAACUGCUCUGAAACAGCCAAGGAGAGAGCCAUCCUCAGCGCGGUUGACCUUGGCACGGAUGCUCUCAUGGUCGCCACUGGGGGGACUGCCGGGGUGGCAGGCUAUGCCCUGGGUGCAGGGGUGAAGACCGGUGUGAAAGCUGGCAUCAGGUAUCUGCUCAACUCCAUGAAGCAGGAGGAUGAUGUGCUGGUGAACCAGUUCAGCUGGGAGGAGGGUGUCAUCACCGUCCAGUAGACUGAAGGAUCAAUAGGUCAGCCUGCGAAGCUUAAGCAAUACAUAUAGUUAUAAUCAGUUUGUACAUUUGUACUAUUUUAUGUACUAUGAUACAGGAUCAAUGUUUGUUAUCUGACAUGUUUGAAGAGUAACAUAUUGGUUACACAUUUUUUGGAUUAUCAUAAUCACAUUUUGUAAAGGGGGAAUGCUUUUUUUUGUUUGUGUGACUCCACACACAAACUUCAUUUUACACAGUUUGACUCAAUUAUUAUUCUUUAUUGAAGAUGAUGUCAGUGGUUUUUCAAUUAGUCUGUAAAUUAUGUGAAUUGGUUUUUCUUUACACUAACAUAAAAUGUAAUGAAAAUUAAGUUGCAGUAAAAAGUCACAUUACAUUACACAUUCAUUGUAAGUAAUCUCAAUAAUAUAUAUAGUUAGGUCCUAAAGUAAGCUUUGCUUGUAGAAACGUCCUCUAUUGGAUAAUGGAUGAAAUGUUUCAUAUUAAGCAGCAGCGUUUGAAGAACUGGUCUCAGGAAAUAAAACCUUCAAUCCCUCAAGACUUUAAUUUUGCUUUCCAUCCAAUGUCUUUUUUUCUGUUCACUCUUGUUUUCUUCCCAUCUGUGAAAACAUUUGUUUCAGGUCAGUCACAUUCCCACCUCUGGAGUUAAUUGCAGGGACAGCUGAGAACUAAAUGUUGUUGUUUUAUAUGCUUUUUUUUCUUUCUUUAAAGGUAAAUAAACUGUAUAUUCAAUCCUA